GUCGUUUGGGUUCAUCUGUGUCAGAAGGCUAACCACCGAGGAAGCUAACUGAGGAGCUACUAAUAAAACUCUUUAAUCAACCUCUGGAGCUGCUUUAGUUGGCCAUAAGUGGAAUAUUUACCCAAAGGCUGAGUGCUUUUCUUUACUGUUGUAGAACUGCACCUCGUGUCCUGCUCCUCUGCACCUAAGGAGCCCCCCUAUGUUGGAGGGCUUCCCGGGGGGUUGUCACGGGAGGGCAGGCUCCAUCUUGAUAUAAAUGAUGUUCUCGCUGCUUGUGGCUGUGCUGUGACCUUGACAGCAAACUCCCACCAGACCCGCUCGGGGAUUAUCCACACAACUACCUUUACUGACUGCUGUGGCCAUCAAUCUCUUGGACUUUCCAAAGUUUGCUAACACCAUGUCACAUCCGAGGUAUAAUGCCUUUGCCCCUGGUAACCAGAUGUCCCCCGUGGGGCCAUACAGACCCUCUGGUGGACAAAUGGAGAGAGAUCCUCAAAGGGGACAGCCUCACUGUGGCUCUGGUUCCAGCUAUACCUCUUCUGGAUCUUCCUCCAGCAAUUGUGGGCCCCCUGGAAGACCUAUACCGUCCCUUCUGUCUUUGCCAGUGAAAUACAGACCUGAGAAGAUUGGGACAACAGUGGAUAAGGACAUGGAAAGACAUGUGGACCUGAAUAUCAGCAGAGCCAGGGAGCCAGCGAUGCAAUAUUCUGCCAGCCAGAGUCCCCAAUUUACUAAUGUUCAAAAGGACACAUUUUCUUCCUCUUUCACAGGGAAAAACUCCUUUUUGAUGUCUGCUCCAGCUCAAGUGGGAGCCCUAAAUAUGGACAGUGGUGGAAGCAAUCUGGACUGGUUACCAAUAUGCCAAACAUCAUCAAAGAGAGAGUUGCCAAAAGCGCACUCACCUGUCAUCUCAUCAAGCUUUCAAAGCAGUAGGAUCCAAACAACGGGAAGCCUGAGGGGUUAUGGUACAUCUUUUUUGGACAAACGUGGGACUCCUCAGGAGACCAUUCAGCCCAGUUACACUUCAGAAUUUGCCACAAAGAUCUUGCUGCAGUUUGGACUUUACAGAGAAGACUUGGAUCAACUGUCCUCCUAUCCGGAAGACCAGCUGACUCCCCAGAACCUUCCUUUCAUCCUAAGGCAAAUUCAUCUGGAGAAGGUAAAGAGAACUUCAAAUCCCUACGAUGAAUCUCAAACUAUCGGAAGUAUGGGAGAAUUGGACAUGCCGAUCACACCCAGGAGCUCAGUGCCGGAUCCAGAUGAAGUGACUUCCCAAGUUUUUUCAUCAAGUAAAGUGAUCGAUUAUGGACAUACUUCAAAAUCCAAGUUGUCCUCUUUUGGAUCAUUGAAUAAGGACCGUGGUUUUGGAAAACUCAAGUCCAAUGCCCCCAAAACUAAUCCAUUAAAGAAAUCAGCACCAGCUCACCAGAAACCCUCCAAAACCCAGCCGUCCAAACCAUCCUCUAAUUUGAUGCGUGGAGUACACCCUGGACGUCCUGGUCUCGUGCUUAUCGGCAGUAAUGCUGAGACUGACAACAGCGAUUGGAGAAGAAGUGGAGAGCAGUCUUCAAAUAACCCUAAAAUGAGGGAUAAGAAAAAGAUCAGCCCUCAACAAAAGCAGCAACUCCAGAGGCAUCAGCAGCUACGAGAACCUAGCCAGAGGGAUGCCGUGACUUGUUCAGGGUCGUCUAAGAAGCUACCAACAUGGGCCAUGAUGCAAGACUACGCUGGAGCAACACCAAGAGUAUUCCCUUAUACCUGUUGUCUUUGUAUGAAAGAAUGUACCAGUAUGAAGGACUGGCAGUACCACUGGAACACUGGCGUUCAUCUUGAUAACUGCAUAAAGCUAAGGCAACGAUACCCUUUGUGGGAUGGGCAGACUCCAGAGUUCCCGAGUGGUCCAGGUAAAGAUACCCAGCCUGCCUCUUCAACCAGCCAGAAUUUGCAACACCGCCACCAGAGGUCCGUACAUGAAAAUCUGUCCCGUUCACUCAGCCCUCUCCGCCGAAAUGAGUCAGAGGACAGAAAGGAAAGACAGGACAGAAGAGACAGACGGCUUAGCCCUCAAAGGUCCCGUAGUCCACAUCCUCAUCGUGCCUUUGACAGUAGAAGAGAAAGACGCGAUAGCAGAUCACAGUCAUCACAGACCUCCAGACAAACUUUCAGGUCCCGUUCUCGGUCCUAUGAACGCCUCGUCUCGUCUCGUCACCGCUCGCGUUCAAGGAGUCAUGAGAGGAGGUCCCCUCCCAGUAGGAGGGAGGCCAAACGGUCCUCACCGAGGAGAAGUCACGAACACCGACCGUCUCCAAGGAGUAGCGAAGAGAGACGCUCGUCAACAAGACGGAACUAUGAAAGGCGGUCUUCUGGAGACGGAUCAGAACCUCACCAUAAGAGGUCCAGAAGCGCAGACAGACUGACUAAGAGGCUGCUGGAAGAAACGGCUGUCCACUCUCGGUCCACACAGUCGGACUUGGAGGCCAUGGUUAAAACUCUGGCCCCUGUCUUACUGGCUGAGCUGGCUAAUUUAAAAUCCUAUGCUGCCUUAUCUUCGUCCACGUCGAGGACAGAAAAUAAGUCAUCCUCCAACUCAACAAAAGCUUCCUCCAGCAGUCAAAGAACCAGGACAAGCUCUUCGAGUGGAUUCAACAAAGUGACACUCUCUGGCGUUUUGAAAUAUCUUUCCCACUCUGCCAUCCUUGAAGCCAUGGAGAAAAUCGGGAAAGUAAAAAAUUUGACAUUGUUCAGAUCCAGACUAGAGGCACGUGUGCGGUUUGAGAAAGAAGAAGAUGCAAGGAAACUGUUGUCUUAUGGGGGAUGCAAUAUAAAGGGGUAUACACUCAGUGUUUCUGGAGCAACGGGUAUUGCAUCUAACAAACCACUCCAAGGAAAAGAGCAGAAAAUGGCUCCAAAAAAAUUGUCUUUAAAAUCCACAUCCUCCAAAUCCCAAACCUCUCACACCAUAUCAAAAAGUACAGCAACAAGCAAACUUGUCACAAAAGCGAAAGUCUUGGUUUCCAAAGCGAAAAGCAUCUCCACCAAACAGUUACCUAAAACUGUCAAGAAAUCCACCUCAGCGGGGAAGAGCGCUGGCGUUAAAUCCAUCGGAGUGAAACAGGCAGCUUCGUUGGUCCCAAAAGCCACUACCGCUGGAAAGAAACCUGAAGCUAAUAAGAUAAAAACAGUAAAGAACACGAAACCUGUGAGGACAUUGCAGCAGUCAAAGACUACAUCAACUGCCAAGGCCCAAACCACCAUCAAAGAACUCCAGCAAAGUUCAGCGUCCAAUUCAGAGUCCAAAUCUGAUGCUGUGGAAAAGCAAAAACAACCGACAAAGAAAACUAAGACACUACAAGAUUCUGUGCUGAUGAAAAAGGAGAAGUCAUCAAUGGAUGAAAAUAAAGAGAGAAAGCUUUCCUCAGGACGAUUUAUUGAGCUCGACUUUAGCACUGGAGACUUUGUGACAGUUGAUGAGGUUAAUGAAGACAUGGUUGACAAAACUGAAAAUCGUUCCUUUUCAUCUAAGCCGACAUCCAAAGAGAAAGAGGCAAGGGGUUCUGCUGUGCAUACUGGUGUCAGAAAGACCUUGUCUUCCUAUUCUUCAUCCAAAUCUGCAAAAGGCAACCAAUCUGGUUCCACGUCUGCUGGUGUAAACCCAAACACAAAAAGCUCCUCAAAACUUAAGAAAUGUGUAACCAAUGCAACGGUUGAUAAAACUUCUCCUUCCUCCCCUUUUGUAAAGUCUGUAAAAACGCCAUCUUCCUCUGGUCAGAAAGCUCAGACAGUCAAGAAGAAGCCUCCUAGCAGAUCAUUGGGACCCUCAUCCUCAGUUGGGAAUAACUGUUCAUCAGCAACAGCCCAGAAGACAUCAAUAAAAAAUCAGCAAGGGCCUCAGAAGCAUAAAAAACCUGCAGAAAGUACAGUAACAAAGCCAGACCACAAGGGGUCACUAGAGAAAGUUGCUGCAAAUACUGUAGUUACCAAGUCUACUAGUGAUGCAUCAUCACAGAUGGAUAUAUCUGCAGAGGGACAGAUCUUACAGGGGAAUGUGGAGAAAGAUCUGAAAGAUGAAACCAUACAAGAGAUGAUUGAAAAGAAAGCAGAAGAAAAUGAAAAUGACACCAAUAGCAAAAACACAGAGGAGAAUGGUAGAGAUGUGAAAAAAGAAGUCCUAGGUUUCCUUCAUAAAGAGGCUGACGAACAGCAAAAUGGGGAGGAUCAAGAAAAAAACCCAGAAUCCCAAAUACCUCGACCAGAGCAGGACUGCACUGCUGUUGAAAUGGCUGAUACUGACAAAUUAGAUGAUUGCCAUGAAAUGGAAAUGGAUGUGUCUACCAAGCCGCAGGACAGUACACCUGUAGAGCAGGCAACUAUAGGAAACAAUAAUAGUAAACAAACCCCCGGUUCUGUCAGUGAAAAAAUGGAGCUGGAAAACAACGAGGAUGACCAAGGAAAAAAGACUAAAACCCAAAUACCUGAACCAGAGAAGGACCAGACCAUUCAUCAGUGUGGUCUUGAAGUUGUGGAAGGGGCUGAUAAAAUGGAAAUAGAUGUGUCUACCAAGCCGCAGGACAUUACAUCUGUAGAGCAGGCAACUACAGCUGAUGAUGGAGAUGAAGGUCCCACAGUGAUGCAGGUGUCUGAAAGGGAAGAGGCUAAAGAAAUCCACAGUCCUGAAGAAUCAUCAGUCAGUGUUACAUCUGAUAGAGAUAAAGAAACAAGUGAAGACACCAAUCCAACUCCAAAUAGUGGUGGUGAUGCAUCAACCCUAAAGCCAAAGGAAGGAAUCCUUUUAUCAGAGAAAGUGUGUGAAACCUCCGAAGAGGAUGGUCAGAUAUCUAAUGAAGACCAGCCUCUUGAAACCGGUGACAGCAAAGACACUUUAAAAGACCAGAAGCUUGUAGAUCCCACCGACGUACUGGCUAAAUCAGAGGACAAAUUCAAGGAAGAGGUUUAUCGAGCCAUAGACUCAUCUGAAGAUCCGCCAACAAAAGCCACUGUAGAAUCUGAACCUGAGAAGAAAGAAGGAACAGAGAAAGAAAGAACAACCAGAUCUGGAGAUUACAGAACAAGAGAGAGUCGCUCAAGGAGCAGAACAUCUAAAAGUGAGGAAAAAGACAAAACAACUAAGCAACUGGACAAGGCAACGAAGAAGCCUACAACGAAAACAAGCAAGACGAAAAAAGAGGAAAUGAGUGUUAAAGAUUUGGAGGAGCCGGUCUAUGAGGUUUUGGACUCUAUUGAAGAUGAUGCUGUUGAAGAGACCGCAACCAAUACAGGUCGGAGACGGUCAGCUAGAGGAAAGAAAACUGAUGAAAAGAUCUUAGCUCAGGUAGAAGAACCUAAAACAUCUGAGAAAGUAGAGGAAAUAUUCACAGUUUUAGACUCUGUGGAAGAUGAGAGACCCGAGGACAAAGCAGUGACAACAAGAUCUACUAGAGGAAGAAAAGAAAACGCAGCCAAGAAGGUGGAAGAAAAUGCCAAAACAAGGGACAAUAAGACCCCGAGAAGACGCACACCAGCCAGAGAUUCCAAGGAAAAAGAGACAGAGAAAUCUCCGAAAACAGAUGUUGGAGUUUCUUCGAAGGAAAGUACACCAGGGAAGGGAAGACUAGGGAAAGACAAUGAGACAAGUACAAAACAAACCAGUGAAGAAGAGCCACCAGCAUCCAGUUUGAAGAAAGAGAGUGACACGAAAGAUAAGAGUUUGCCAGCUUUGGAUGAAGCUGGUCACGAUGAGGCCAAGGAGGCAGAUGAAGUGGAAACCAUACAGAUGUCCAACCCUUCUAAACGCAAACACAGUGAUAACACAGCUGUCGAGGAGGAAAACCAGGAGCUUACUACCCCUGAUGCAAAGCGAACACAUUGUCAAUCUCCAUGUGUCUCCGCUGACCUCCAGCUGCCACCAUUCAAUCCUAAAAACCCUCUUGGUGAGGAAUUUGUGGUUCCCAAAUCUGGAUUUUUCUGUAACCUCUGCUCCAUGUUUUAUAUGAAUGAAAACUCCGCCAAGAAAAUCCACUGCAGCAGCCAGAAACACUACAACAACCUGGUGAAACAUUACCAGAAGCUCAAACAGGAAACUUCAGGAACAACAUCGCAAAGUAUCCAGGAUUAGCUCUGACUGAUCAACUACACCUAAUAUUUCUAUAAGAUAUGAAACCAGAGGUUUACCUUCUGCCAUGUUUUCAGACAUCUAUGUCAUGAUGGAAUCGAUUAGUGGAAAAGAGAUGUUUUGGAGAUCAUUUUUCUUAAUUUUUUAAGAUCUUAGAGAUGUUUGUUGCUCUUUAGUUUUAUAUGUCUGUAUUUAUCAAGACUUCCAGACUUUGUUAAUCCUGUUGUUUUAAUUUGAUUUAAUUCUUUAUUUUAUUCCUUGGUAUUCUUAAUUCUUUUCCUUAGCUUAUGCAUUACAUUUAUUUCUUCCUUACCCCUCCCAGUGUCUUUUUCUUUAUUCCUAAGGUUAUUUUUGCUUUAUAUUAUCCUUUCUUCUUCCACUGUCAUUGUCCUGCAUUUAUUCCCUCCUUUUUCCUUCUAUAUAACAUCCUUUAUUUCUCCUCCAUUGUUAACCACCUUGUCUUCCUUGUUCCUCUGCACUGCCUUGCGUGCUACCACUUGUAGCGUUCCUUGUUCAUUUCAUAAUUUCAGAGGUUCCAUGUUUAAAGUCUGCCAAUUCCAGAGAUAUCAACUGUAUAUUCAAGGAGAGAUUUAGUGUUCCACAUCUCCACCUGAAAUCAAAGGAUCAAGAACAUGAGGAGCUUGAGUUUUUAAAAGUCUGGAGGUUUAAAUGUGAAAGAUUUGCAAGAACCCUGAGUAGAGGUACCAAAGUCCAGCUAGUUUUAAUAUAUAAAUGAAAAAGCUGAACAAAAGAUAUAUGAUAGGUUCAUCUUAGGAAAGUAGUGAAAACAACUUUUCCACUUAAAAUUUUCCUCUAGUUUACCUUAUAUUACUGUUUUCACUUUGUUUUUGUUCUACUUUUAGACUAGAUUAUUUAUGUAAUCUGAUUAUAAAAAGUUUAAUGAUCAGUUGAGGUUAGUAUUAUGUUUUAUCUGGUGUACAUGGAUACAUUAAAAAAGGAUUUUC